AAACAACCGAACAGAAACGACAAAAAAGGGAAAAAAAAGGAAAACUCGCUACUCCCAAUACGGUUAGGGAUGAAAAUGGAUUGGAAAUGGAUGAAAACUAGCUCCACCAUAACAUUUUCAUAUUUUCUUUACUCGGAAUCGAAAUCGAAAACCCUGGUUAUAAAAAUGAAAACGAACAUUAUCAAGUAUAAAUACGGAGCGAAUAUAAAAUGGAUGAAUGCGGCAAUAACUAUUUAUCGAAAUAUAAAGACCCCUUAAAUUGAGCUUGCUUGUUAUUUUUCUGAAAUAAUAGGUCAACAUUUUCAAAUUUUAUAUAGUUGAUUUUCAUAGGCAGUUCCACAACCAUUUGCGAAACUUAAUUUUUAUAGUCAGUCUCUUAAUAGACCCAUUUUUCACUUCUUUAUCCCUUACUUGAACUCAAGACCUCUUCCUCCAUGCAUAGCUUAUCAUCUCACCUGUUAACCUCUCGUUGUCUAGAUUAAAGAUAUUAUUCAUUUUAUUUCGCCUCUCCAAAACAGUUUUGUAAUAUCUGUUUUGCACUUUAAAUAAUUUCAUCUAAAAAGGCCAUAAAAAACAAAGUAGUAGAUCUAUAACUUUUGAUAGAGAGCAUGUAUAUAUACAUUUUUUUAAAAGAAAUUCUAUAUGUAGAUAUUCGAAAAAAUACUCUUGAUAGUUUCCAGCCAUUUUUUUAUCUCCGUAUUCAUUUCCCUAUCUAAAUUUAUGCAUCCAAGAAUGUUUCUGGAAAUGUAUCUGGAUAUCGGAAACCAUCUGAACCGAUUUCGUUCCUAAAUAUGGGAGGCUCAAUAUCUUAUUUUUGUAUGUGGUUGUCUUGGGUUAGAUUGUCCCAGAGUAGAACCACAAUUUCAUUUUAAGAUGAAGCCCACUCGACAAAACAACCCAAACUAAGGCUGCGUUUGUAACUUAGGGUUGGGAGCCCAUCUCCUCCGCACGGAAAACGGAGCAGUCCAUUAGCAUGUGAUUAAUUGAGUGUUAGCUAUUUUUUAAAAAAAUAAAUUAAUUUAAUUUUUAAGCAACUUUUGUAUAACAACAUUUUGCAAAAAAAACGCACCGUUUACCCAGAGCACCUAACACACCCAAGAAAGUCCAUAAAAAAUGGUAAUUUACAAGGUCUUUAAAGCCGAAAAGAAAAGAGGAAAGCCCACGAAUCCAGGAAACAAAACAAAAGCCCAAAUGCCCAACAGAAUUUGAGCAGAUACGUCAAUUGACAAAAUGUAUUUGGAAUAUUUCAAUCGCCUUUUCCACCUAGGCCUUGUUUAGUUCCCAGCUAUUUUCUUCAAAUUUUUAACUUUUUCAUCACAUCAAACUUUUCUACAUACACAAACUUUUAACUUUUCCAUCAUAUCGUUCCAAUUUUCUUCAAGGGAGUAGCUAUACAACAUUCGACAGUUUUUUUGAAUGAAAAACUUUCAAUUAUAACUACUAUAUAAUUACAUUGUAACUACUAUAUAACUGCAAUAUAAGUAAUAUGUAACUCAUAUGUAACUGAAAAAUUGGAUGGAGCAAUUGGUUAGUUGAACAAGCAUGCAAGCUGUAGGUCUUGGGUUCUAUCCUUGCCGCGAGCAUUAGGUUAUUUUUUUCCAUUUUUUCCUCCACAGCACAAAUCUCAAAGCAUAUCGUUUUUCCUCCACAGCACAAAUCUCAAAGCAUAUCGUACGGUUAAAAAUUCGACAGUUUUCACCCCUCAAAACUUUUUUUCCUCCACAGCACAAAUCUCAAAACUUUUUUUCCUCCACAGCACAAAUCUCAAAGCAUAUCGUACGGUUAAAAAUUCGAUAGUUUUCACCCCUAAAAACUGUCGACAGUAGGAUACCAAAUCCGUUUCUUCAAACUUUCAAUUUUAGCGUGGAACUACACACAGCCCUAGAACUAGAAGAUAGACACCUGAACUGUUCAUGGGUGGGUGGGCCCCGGGGCAUUGUUAUUUUUAGAUAGCCUUUCCCAUCGUUUGUACCAGAUCGCGUGGACUUGUCCUUCACCAAGUCGUGGUCAAUAAGGCAGAGCAGCCAAUCGAGACCGUGCUGAGAGGAGUGCUGGCACCAGUAAACGCCCCUUUGAGCACGGUCCCUUGCGCUUUCUACUCCUACUUUCUAGCGAGGCACCGACGCACCUCUAAGCAAGAAGCAGGCGCGCGGGAGCGGCACGGAUGGCCGUGCUCCUGCUGCCGUGUCUGUGCGUGGUCACCGUGCUCGUCGCCCCCGCCGCCGCCGCCGCAGCCGAUUCCCUAGGCUCAGCGCAGCCCUUCUAGCUGGACCUCCAGAACCGAGCCCGCGCCGACGUCGGCGUCGCACCGCUCACGUGGGACGACACGGUGGCGGCCUACGCACGGAGGUACGCCGCCACGAGGAAAGGCGACUGCAACCUCCAGCACUCCGGCGGACCAUACGGGGAGAGCAUAUUCUGGGGCAGCGCGGGCGCCAACUGGACGGCCGCCAACGCGGUAGCCUCGUGGGCCUCGGAGAAGCAGUUCUACAACUGCAGCGACGGCUCGUGCGCCGGUGACCAAGGUGGGCACUCGGAGAAGCAGUUCUACAAAUGCGGUCACUACACGCAGAUGGUGUGGGCAAAGACGACCAAGGUCGGGUGCGCGGCCGUGAACUGCGAUGCGGACCGCGGCACGUUCAUAAUCUGCGAAUACGAUCCCCCCGGCAAUGUGCUGGGUGUCCUGGCGUACGGCGGAUGCGGCCGCUUCAAUCAAACAGGUGAUCCCUAUAUAUGUCCCGAACCUACCUCUAACGCUCAAAAUAUACCCCAAAAUCUGAAGUAUUGAUGAAUGUUUAUGAUUAUGAAAUGUCAAAAAUACUCCCUCCGUCCUAAAAAAAACUCAAUUCCUGGGUUUCCGUAUCUAACGUUCGACCGUUCGUCUUAUUUGAAAAAAUUAUGAAAAAAUUUAAACAGAUAAGUUAUGCAUAAAGUAUUAUUCAUAUUUUAUCAUCUAACAAAAAUGAAAAUACUAAUCAUAAAAAAAUUUCAUACAAGACGGACGGUCAAACGUUGGACACGAAAACCGAAGAAUUCGGUCUUUUUGGGACAGAGGGAGUAUACUUCAUCUCAACAACCCUACUCAUCUCUCACCAACCGCGACAAUUAAUGAAGGGCGUGCGUUCUUUUUUAACCAAUAAUCUACAAAAUAUUUUUUUCAUUACUAUUCUUUUUUUUUUCGUGCAACAAAGUUUCUAUUUUAUUGAAUAUGAGAGUCGUUGUUGUAUGUUGUUAACCGUAGCAAAGAUAUGUUUGUCUCUC